AUGGCCAGGCGAAAGACGGGACUCCUAUCCGACGGUUCCGACUCUGAUUCGGCGGCCUCAGGCUCAGAGGGCGGGUUCAACUCGCAAGAAGACAACGACUCUCGUGCCGAGCGAGCUCUGUUCGAGAGGAAGUCGAAACGUCGACGGACCGAUGGGAAUGGCAAGGCAGCCGCCUGGGAGGGAAUCUUUGGAGAAGAUGACGCCUCUGGUAGUAGCCAUCCCAGAGGUGGCCUCGGCGGGAGAGGAGGCCGCGGUGGCCGUUCCGGCAGCUCGAGGGUCGACUGGACAAAGUACGUCUCAAGCGCAACAGGAAGAGCUAUGCUGAUGCCAUACAGAGCACCAGCCUUUGCGAAAAGUUCAAACGCGGGUGCCGAUUCUCAAGACCCAUCGUCGACAGACCGUCCUGGAAACGACAGCAAGAACGGUACCGAUUCCGACAACGACGAAUCUGACUCCUCGUCAGACGAAUCCGAACCCUCGCGUCGUCCCUCGCCCCGCAGGGUUGUUGAUGAAGACGAGGAAGAAGAAGAAGAAGAGACCUCCCAUCGUGGCAUUGGAGGUCGGGCAGGGAUUGGAGGCCGGGCAGGGAUCGGAGGACGAGCCGGAAUCGGCGGGCAGCCCCAGUCGAGCUUCAUGGCAAGCUUCCGUGGAGCCGUCUCCGACCAGGACCAGAACACAAAGCCCGACAAAGAAGCCGCAGCAGCGGAUCCAGCAGCUCCAGCAACCCCAGAAGCUCCAGCAGCUGAAGCACCCUCAGCUUUCGGGCGCAAAGCGGCAGCCUUUAAACAGCAUAUCGCCGAGACAUCGAACGAACGGAGCAGCUUCCAACCCAGUCGGUCGUCCACCCCAGUACCCAGGCCCGAGGUCAAGCAGGCAGAACUCAGCCGUGAAGACAAGGCCCAUUUCAGCUCCAGCUAUUUCCGCGAAAGCAUUGGUGCGAAGUUGCUGGCCAACAUGGGUUGGUCUGCAGGCAAAGGUCUGGGCGUCAAUGAGGAUGGACGAGCGGUGCCGGUUCAAGCGGCCAAGGUUAGGAACAAGGAGGGCAUUCAAGCCGGAGAUCGAACGGAAGAAUCGAAGAGGGAGGCCCGUCGACGAGGCGAGCUUGAUGACCCGGAGCCGCCUACCCGAGGAAGGAAGAAGGCACCUCGCUCGAAUGAGCCACGACCGCCCCGUGACGAAUGGAAACGCCAAAAGCGAGUGAAGAACAAGGUCGCGCACAUCUCUGUUGAUCAACUCCUUGCCGAAGAAAAGGACACAUCAACCGCUUCCGGCGUGGGACUGGUACUGGACGCUCGAAGCGGGGAGUUGAAGGCUGUCGAGUCGCUGUCUGAACUCUCACUAUCGACUUGGACUCCGACAGGCGAAGCGACCCAACUUCCUGAGCUGCGACACAACCUUCGCCUGAUUCUGGACGUUGCCAAGGGCGAUGUUGCCAACCUUGUCAAGGACGGCAAGUCAAUCAACGAGCGACGACGAUGGGGCACAAAAGGGGAGGAGCGUGCGCAGCAAAAGGUCGACGAGGCAGCGAGCGAGAUCGCGACCCUCGAGCAAGUUCAACGUAAAAUUAAGGAGGUUGGAGAACUGAGCCAAAAGUACUCUUCAAAUGAGAAGCCAUCCUUGGAGGGUUUGGAGACUGCAUUCACCUCGCUCGUAGUCGACUUCAAGGAUCAGUACAUCCAGCUGUCGCUUGACGACGUGAUUGUGGGGUCGAUCGAUGUUGUUCUUCGUCACCCGUUUGCCAACUGGCACCCAUUCGAUGAGACUUCGGACGUGCUUCUGGCGACACUCAAGCCAUGGCGAAUGGCAUUCAAGCUCAAUGUCGACAGCACCCUUGAUGAUGAGCCUUCUUCUGAACGGCAGAUGACUGCUUGGGAGUCCCUCCUUUGGAAUCGAUGGCUCCCCAAAGUGCGAUCAGCUAUCAACAACGAGUGGGACCCCACGUCGCCGCAGCCAGCAGUUCACCUCCUCGAAUCCUGGGGGCCCCUCCUUCCUGCUUUCUUGCGUGACAAUAUUGUCGACCAGCUCAUUCUCCCGAAAGUUAGGACCGCCGUGCAAGACUGGACCGGACGGGGGGGGAGAAACGGCAAGACUCCCUCUCUUGCGUCGAUUAUUUUCCCCUGGCUCCCACUCUUGGGCGAACGAAUCGGCGAUGUUCUGGAAGAGGCUAAGCGACGUAUUCGCUCUGUCCUUCGUAAAUGGAGCGUUACAGAUGGCGUCUUGGACGAACUUCAGCUUUGGAAGAAGGACAUUUACACCUCCAGCGAGUGGGACAAGCUUAUUGGCGAGCAUGUCCUUGGGAAGCUGGGCGCGUGCCUACGCGACGAUUUGGUCAUCAACCCACGCCACCAGGACAUGAAGCCCCUCGUGGACUGGGUCUUCCCGUGGGCGUCUCUCAUCCGCCCUUCCACUUUUGCCAGGCUAUUCGAGUUAGAGUUCUUCCCGAAGUGGUUGAACGUGCUCUACCUCUGGCUCACUCACCCUGGGUACAAUGGAGAUGAAGUCGCCCAAUGGUUUGAGAUGUGGAAGGGCGUCUUCCCUCUUGAGCUCUUGUCCAACAGCUCGAUCAUGCACGGCUUCACCGCAGGUCUCCAACUCAUGAACCAGGCCAUGGAGCUUGGCGCAAGUGCCCCAACCAAGCUGCAGAAGCCCAACUUCCAGCCCCUCAGCCGCCAAGACAGAAGGUCGGACGUUAAAUCAAGCAAGAAAACUGGCAAUGGGCGAGCGGACGCUCAUCACGCCCCUCCGGACAUCACGUUCCGCACUAUUGCAGACGAGUUUAUCGCCUCCAACGACUUGCUGUUGCUGCCUCUUCACAAGUCGCAUUCGACAACUGGCAAGCCUCUCUUCCGCGUCGGAUCGACAAUCGAGGGCAAGGGGGCAACCAUCUACUUUGGCGAGGACGCGGUAUUUGUGCGAGGGGACGACGAUGUGUACCGUGCUGUAGGCCUCCCCGACUUGGUGAAGGCUGCAGGAGAAGCAAAGUAGGAGCAUAUGCAUAUGGAUCGUCGAGUG